AUGACAGAUUGUGGGAAUGAGGCUCUUUCUAAAAGAUCUUGCUGCUUAGCAAGUCGAAGCUAUCCUCAGAUCAAACGCACGGCUAUGCAAGAUCCACGAGCUUUGCCUCAAUUCAAGAGUCAGAUCAGGAAAGCAACUACUAGAUAUGCUUGA